GCGGCGCGGCUCGCGACUCGGGCCCGCAGCCGCACUCGCGCGCCGAAGCCCGCCGUACACUCACGAUCGACCGACCGACGCCCGCGCCCGGUGUCGUGUUACCGCUCUAAAUAUAUCUUGCGAGCGCGAUCGCCUAUUUGGAAACGUUUGCGCGCCGUGUUUUGAACCAGUGAUUGAUAGUGCCGAGUGAAGAAUCUAUCCUUAUUGACGCGAUCGUCCGUCGAAAUGGCACAGUUGAUCACUGUGCGGCUAAACAAGUCGGACCAGCAGCCGCUGGGCUUCCGGCUGCAGGGCGGCAAAGACUUUGGCACUCCACUAGUUGUGCAAAAGGUUAACGGUGGCAGCGCGGCGGAGCGCGCGGGAUUGCAAGCGGGUGAUGCGCUGAUCCGCGUCAACAGCACCGACGUGUACACGCUGAGACAUCAAGAGGCUCAGGACGCCAUCCGAGCUGCUGGCCAAGCACUCGAACUUACUGUACAACGCGGUGGCGGUACCUGGAGGCCUUCGGUCACUCCCACAGGCAGUCUCCCUCGCCCAGGCACUCGUCCUCUUGGGGCCAGUCCAGUGCCAGUCACGAACACAUCACUUAAAGCGACCCCACAGCCCACACGCGCUUUUGGUUCUGGGCACAACAGCGUCGCUAAACCUUUUGGUUAUAUGAAUGGCAAUGACUCCGUGAAGAGCAUCGUGAAUAAACAAUACAACACACCAGUAAACAUGUACAGCGACAAAACCAUCGCCGAGACACUCUCCGCGCAAACCGAGGUGUUGGCUGGAGGAGUGCUUGGGGUAAACUUUAAGAAAAAUGAAAAAACCUACGACGCCGAGAAGAGUGCCGUCUUCAAAGUGUUACAAGAGGAACAAAAUGACCCGGAGCCAGUAGCCGAAGCGCCGCCGGUCAGCGGCUUGCGACACGUGCCGGCGCCCGUCGCGAGGCCCGACGCGCCCGCCAACAACACCGGCGGCCUGCCCCCGGGGCAGAACAUCUGCGAGGAGUGCGAACGACUCAUUACCGGCGUGUUCGUGCGCAUCAAGGACAAGAACAUGCACGUGGAGUGCUUCAAGUGCUCGACGUGCGGCUCGUCGCUCAAGAACCAGGGCUACUACAACAUCAACGGCAAGCUGUACUGCGACAUACACGCCAAGCUCGUCGCGCGCCAGAACCCGCCCGCCGCCCACCUGGAGCCCGUCACCGUGCCGCCCGGGGGCCGCAUUCCGCCCAACGCCUACUCGACGCCGCUGCCGCCGCUCGCGACCGGCAACUACACGAACGGCUCCUCGUCGAUGUUCAGCCCGUCCAGCACGCUGUCGGGGCCCAAGCCGUUCGGCUCGUCGCUGGGCUCGGCCUACUCGCCGGCGUCGCUGUCGCCGCGCUCGGCGCCGCCGUCCCCCGCGCGCCCCGCCGCCCCCGCCGCCCCCGCUGCGCCCGCCGCGCCCUACGCCCCCAAGGCCCCAGUUUCCAUUUUUAAAGCUAAAAACGUAAAAAGCAUUGUGUGGCCCCCGCCAAAUCACCCAGAAGACGAAAUUGAGAAAGAAAUAAACCCUAAUUUUAUUCAUAACACACCUUACAGCGAUUCAUCUGCCUCAGCUAGAGAAUCAUUAGUGAUGACGACAAAUAGCAAUAUAAACUUCUCAAACCAAAUUAAGUCAGUUGAGGAAAGUGUAUCCUCAGCCAAACCAACUCCAGGACUUUCUUCAGAUACUGCGUUUGGAUCGGCUUUGAUGUCCACUUCGCAAGCCACUUCUAAAUCAGAAUUUUCAGUACAAAGCCAAAAAUCGCAAAUGAUACAAGAGAUUGCGAGUUGUAGUGUUCAAUCGUUUUCCGAAAAACAAAUAUCUGAAAAUCAAAAUUUUGCAAUAUACCAAAUGCAUACAGCCUCUGACCAAAUUGACAGUAACAAGCAAAUUACGAAGAAGGAUAUCGAAAAAUUAAUUGACUCCCAAGAAAAUCAAUUCCUUCCUGUACAAAGUGAAUUUAAUAUAUCGAAUGCACAAAAAAAAUCACAGGAGUUCGCGAUGAAACAGGAACAAAUUAAUAAGGGUUUCGAAAUAAAAGCAUUAAAUGUUAAACAAGACGAUAAGACCGUAGACGCAAACACACAGCAACAGAAGUCCGUUUUCAAUAAUUAUAAUCACCCACCAGUUUUUAUGUCAACUGAAACAGAAAACAAACUAAGCGAAUUAUCAGGCAAAACCUGCCAAAAUAUGUCUCAGAAUCAAAACGCUUCUUAUUCAAAAAAUAAUAAUCCGUCUACACAUAAAGAAAAUCCUUCUGCGUCUCAAACUUAUAAUCCGCCUAAACAAAAAAUUCAAUGUAAAACAUCUUCCAAAGAAAACCCUAGUAGAAUAGCAGGUACUUCAAAAGUAACAAAUAAGCCGACGAUUGAAAGGGGCUCUUUGAUAGAAGCACUUACAAUAGCUCCGGACAGACCAUAUAGCCCCUUAUCUUUUCAUAUACCAAAUUACGCCUCAACAUCUUUUGAUCCAAAUCAAACGCAAAGUUCUGAACUUUUACAACCCAUGUCAACCCAAAAUACUAAUUACUCGGCUUAUAGUCUCUCUGAUCCAAAUCAAUUUGGCCCUUCAAAUGUGCAACCAAAUAUGUUACAAACUUCUUCCGAGGCAUCUGCUUUUAAACCAGUAAGCAAACAAACGUUUCCACCACAACAACCUCAAGAGUUUUGUGGAGUUUCUAAUUAUCCUCCUCAAAAUAAAGACUUUGGUAUGCAACAUCAAUCUAAUUCAAAUUUGUCAGAAAACGUUUGUACUAGUAUUUCCAGCGCACAACAAGGCUUUUCGCCAAUUACAACUGCCCAAGGCUACAGUUCACAGCCGAGUACACAUAAUACAAUGCUUUCUUCACCUGUAAUGCCAAAAUCCGGUUUACAUAGACCGGAUAGUAUUCCUCCUUAUCAACAAAAUCUAGAAAGUUCAUAUCCUCAGACAAUAUCAGACUCAAACAAAGCUCUACCAACAAAUCCUGUUAUUGGACAACGGGAGAUGCCUUCGCUGCAGAAACAUGAAGUACCUCAGAUUAAAACACCAGUGCCGCAAACUCAAAACAAGUUAAAAAACGAAACCUGUAUGUCAUUCCAGCCAGUUUUUGAUGAGGCACAAAAUAUGUCAAGAUAUUCACCGACCAAUAGUCGUCCAACUACACCUAGUAUGAUAAAUAAACCUGCGCCAAUAAUACCCCAUUAUCAAAUGAAUUUAGUUACUGUAGAGCAUGUUGCUCCUGAAGGUCGAAUGUAUAAGCCUGGUGCUGAAGAAAUUAGCCGUUCGUCGACGCCUAAAUUGAGAGGUCGUUCGCCAGCACCUACACUUCCAACAGGUUCUAAUUCCUUAAAAGCACAAGCUCCUCGAAUUAAAGACUCAACACCAAAAUAUAACGCUAAGCAAAGCCAGCCUCUUACACCACAAACUGCAUCAUUUAAAAAAGAGUAUGAUACAAGUUUUCAAGAUAAUAAUGUAAACAAAUGGCUCCAAGAUCAACCGGCGCUCGUAAAGGAAGAGCAACAAUCUAAUUUAGAACACCAUACUGAAUUAUAUAAUAGUGGUAAUUCAAAUAUUAAAGAAGAUUCAAUGCUAAACCAAAGUUAUGGUCAGAGGCAAAUGGAAUCUCAAAAUAAAUAUGAAUACGGUAAUACUACUGUAGAAUCUACGAAAAAAACUUUUGAACAAUUUGAAAGCGCACAGUCCGCUAAAACAAUUGAAAUAAAGCAAGGCGCAGUACAACCUUUUAAUACAUACCAACAAACUAAACCUAUAAUUCAACCGUCCAAUUAUAACUUACAACAGGUCUUUCCUUCAACCAUAUCAUCCCAACAAAAUUUAUCUUUUAAUACUACUAACGAAAAUGUUGCCACCACUAGUAAUCAAACUGAAGUUUAUCAACCGACUCCUUUUAUAUCUGGUGCUAACCAAGGUCCAGUGUGUGAUCCUACCCCGUCGACAGGUUCCAGUGUAGGAGCUGCCGCUCGUGGCAAAGCUUUUGGUGUAUCAUCAGCACCAAAAAGGGGACGAGGAGUUUUAAACAAAGCUGCUCUACCUGGGUCUCGAGUGCCUCUUUGUGGCUCAUGCAAUGGAAACAUUAGGGGUCCAUUCAUUACCGCCCUGGGUCGCAUCUGGUGCCCUGAACACUUCAUCUGUGUGAACGCGACCUGCCGACGCCAAUUACAAGAUAUUGGCUUUGUGGAAGAAAAUGGCCAACUUUAUUGCGAAUAUUGUUUCGAACAAUAUAUCGCUCCGGCUUGCGACAAAUGCCAUGCCAAAAUUAAGGGAGAUUGCUUAAACGCGAUUGGCAAACACUUCCACCCAGAAUGCUUCAGCUGCGUCUAUUGUCAAAAACUCUUUGGAAACAAUCCAUUCUUCUUAGAAGAUGGAUUACCAUACUGUGAAGCAGACUGGAACGAGCUCUUUACGACGAAAUGUUUCGCCUGCGGGUUCCCCGUGGAGGCGGGCGACAGGUGGGUGGAGGCGCUCAACAAUAACUACCACAGUCAGUGCUUCAACUGCACGGUGUGCAAAAAGAAUCUCGAAGGACAGAGUUUCUUCGCCAAGGGAGGAAGGCCUUUCUGCAAGAUGCACGCCCGCUAGACACCCUCAGACACUUAUCUACAAUUCUGACACUGUUUACUCCACGAUCACUUUUCGUCCCGUUUCAAUAUCUCCAUCUAUAAACACUACAACUGAUUCGCCAUCUCCGCAACGAACGAGAAAGUUAGAAACGCCCCUCCACUUCGAUGGAGGACUGUUUUCUGACAUAAGAAGCGCAGACGGCAAGCUGUUAAGUAAAGUGACCGUCGAUCGCGUCCACAGCUCGACUCGCCACGACAUCACCGACUCGCCGCUCGUGUUUGAGAGCUCAGACUGGCGCGGGAACAAGGACUACGUGGACGACAUCGUCAAAACAGAGACGAUAACGAACGAAGAUGUAAUCAAGGUGAAAUUCACGCCAAUGCUUCAAGAAUUGGAUUCACUCCCACAGUGGUCCUCGACGCAAAUGUCUAAAUCCAACUGCCCGGUCAAAUAUUUAAGCGACGACUAUGAGGACUUGAAUAGUUACAAAAUUGUUAACUCAUUGUGUAAAGAAAACCUUCUAAAGGUGAAUUCUUUAGAAGAUGCAAAUGCGAGUGACGACGAUGCAGCGAGGAGGUCGGUGAUGAGAGGACACAGUCCUUUGGCGAAUUUAAUCGUAUCUGAGCAACUGACUAAAAUAGAUAGUUACUUGCAGGAGAGCUUAGACAUUUGUUCAAAAACAACACUAGAUCAUGAUAAAUCAAUGCAUUUCAAGUCUGAAGAAGUUCAACCAGUAACUAAAGAUAUUCUAGAUAAAGAUGACUACAUUAGCCACGUUGAAAUUAGCGAUAAGGCUUCGGUUGAUAAUCAUCAGAAAAACGAUAUUGAUUUAUUAAAUAAUUCGGUUGGACACUCUGAUCAGAAUCGGUUGAUCGGAGUCGGAUCUGAAACGGAAUUAAACAGUGUCAAAAUAAAACGUUCGGGAGUAUUAAACACUAUAUACAAUAUGCCAAUGCAUUAUCAUGCAGCAAUGCUGUGUUUCUUUUUAAUUGUAUAUAACUUAUGUUAUCAAUAUAUUAAGCAAAAUUACCAUGGAAAGAAUCAAUACGUGAAGUAGACAAAAUAAGGAAAAUUAUUGUUCUAAUCAUAAAAUUGUAUUAUAUAAACUAGUCAACACAUUUGUUUCAACUGCUCAGUGGAACAAGUUUUAUUUCCGUUAUCAAAAAUAAAAUGUAAAUAAUAACACGUUACAAAGCCUCUUUUGUUUGAACUUAGCUUUUAAAUUUUAACAAUUUGGUGCUUUUCAGAUCGAUAAAAUGCUCGCGGAUACUUCACUUCUCUAAAUAUAAUAUUUACGGCUUUGUACACAGCUUCCGGAAUGUUUUAGUAAACUGUCACUAACAUUAACAAUAGUCAUUUUAAUCAAAUCAAUUUAACCACUACUUAAAAUUAUAUAGGUACCGACAAUUAUAUGCUGUUUGAUGAACAGCCGCAUACGUAAAAUAAAACAAUAUGAUGAAAAUAUAAAGUAUCUUAAGAUAUUAUAUAAUAUAUUUAUCUUUUCUGUUCCUCGUACAGAAUCCACUAAUGGAAUCAUUAAAAUGUUUCAAACGACUUUAUUCUACUAGUUUAUUUAUUUAGAUAUUAAUAUUUGACAUUUGUAAUCGUUAAAAGUAAUUAUGUGAGCUUAAAUAAAGUAUUUUAUCU